AUGGCAUAUAAAGCGCAAGAUUAUUUAGAAAGUAUUGCUGAAAGAUUAGGUUACUCAGAUGAAGUAUCACGAAAUUCUGAUGCUUUAAAUCAAUUUAUCAAUGAUGAAUUAUAUAGCAGAUUAGGACAUGCAAAUUAUAAUUUCAGAAAAGAGCCUUUUGGUCAAGUUAAUGAGACUAGUACCAGAGUAAAUACCAGAGCUAGUACUUAUAGUGCUAAGAAAAUAUAUACUACAAAGAAACCAAAGAAACUAACUAAAGUUAUAUACAAAUGCUCAAAUUGCGGAAAAAUUGGACAUAGAAAAAAUAAGUGUCCUCAUCUUGUUAAGAAACCUAAAAAAGUUAACAAUAUUUAUCAGAGCGAAUCAGAAAAUUCAGAUGAUGAGGAGGUGGUGAUAUUGAAAGAUAACUCAAAUUCAGAGGAGAAAAAAGAAAUCACCUCUGAUAAUGAACUGCAAUCAUGUUUCAAUAUGAUAUCUGAAUUAAUACCCUAUUAUCCUAAGGAGAUUCUUAUUGAAGCUCGUGUAUUUCUUAAUAAUCUGUUUAUAAAGAUAAAGAAUCAGUUUGAUUCAUAUUAUGAUGAAAAUUAUACAAUCAAAGAAAGAAAUAAGGUAUUAGAGAUUAUUGCGAAAAAAUAUCUAACUAUUUUUCAACCACUUAUUGAAAUUAUUAAGAAUCAGACUCCAAACUCUUUGAGUCCCAAAGAAACGAAUCACGAUUAUGAGCUUAUAUCUCAACCAGAAAAACUUGACAAUUUCAUUACAUUAAAUCACGCCAUUAAAGUAUACCAAGGAGCACAAAUAAGACAAAAUUGGCCUAACCCUUUUGAGAUUGAUUUUCUCGAUAUAAAAGAAUCUAGUGAUGUGGCAACGAUUUCUUGUAGAAUAGGUGACUUGAUAAUACCUCACACAAUUUUAGAUACUAAUGCAGAUGAUUCAUUGUUUAUAGAUAACAUUCCUGAAUAUUUAGAGAUAAAAAUAGAUAAGAAAAAUGUUCACAAACUUACAGGUGCGGUUGGAGAUUCUCAAUCUGUUGAUACUUCUUCAUAUAACAUUCCUAUAUCUAUAGAUAGUGAAAAAGAUUCUAUAACAGUUCUAAAAAAGAAAUAUCUGUAA